AUGACACCUAGGCACUCUAGGUUCUUCCCUUUUCAUCUGCCUCUCUUCCAUUCAGAAUACGACCGAAGAAAGCUUCUCCCUUUUACACCAUACACAACUCAGAACUCGCUCCAACAAUCUACGAAAAUGGCAGAAACAACAGUACACGAUCCUCCUUCAUCAUCGGAAAUGUCUGAAACAACAACACACCCUCUUUCUCAUUCAUCAACAGACAAAUUGCAUCAAGAUCAUGGUAAUUACUCCAUGAAAGACGUAAUCAUGUGGAGGAAAAAGCGUGUUAGUUUAGGGGUGGUGACCACCGCGACGGUUUUAUGGGUGGUGAUGGAAGUUUACGGCUACAAUUUCAUCACAGUCGCUUCAUGGAUAGGCAUCUUUCUUGUUUCGUCUGUUUUCACUUGGGCUAAUAUUUAUAAGCUCAUUUACAAAGAGGAGCCGAGUAUGUCGGGGCUUGGGAUAUCAGAGAAGACAGUCACCGGAAUCGCAAACUGGAUAAGGGUUUCCGGCGAGGAGGCGAUGAGGUGGGUGUUUAAAGUUGGUGCUCAAAGCGAGUGGUAUGUUUUUGCUGCGGCGGUUGCUGGACUGUGGCUACUUUCCGUCAUUGGCAGUUGUUCAGACCUACUUACUCUUCUAUACAUAGGGACUAUGGUGGGUAUGAGUGCGCCUGUGAUUUGGAUGAAAUAUGAUGAUAAGAUAAGGGAGCAUGGGGAGAGAUUGCAGAUGCAGAGUAUGAAAUUUUACAGUACGAUGAAGAAGAAUGUGCAGAAUCUAAUGGAUAAAGUCAAAGACAAAGUCAACUCACCAACAAAGGAGAUGAAGGAGAAGAAAGUUGAAUAG